ACAAAACAACUCAUUGACAUUAAUCUCUAAAGUUUGUUCUCGCAAAAAUACAAUACCGAAAAGGUUUGUUCUCGCGAAAACCAUUCGGUUUGCACGCUGGAUGAGGCUAUCGACCAAACGAGUCAAAGAAGAGAGCUCAAUCAAAAUCAUGAAGUACACCUAUAAGUUUUCUAAUCUUCUGGGAACCAUUUACAAGAAAGGAAAUGUUGAAUUUUUACCAAGGAAGGACAUAUUAGCAAGUCCUGUAGGAAAUCGAAUUUCACUAUUCAAUUUAAAAGAAAACUCGUCUGAAACACUAUCUUUCACAACUAAGUACAAUAUUGCAUGUGUUGCUUUCUCUCCUGAUGGAAGGUUGGUAAUUGUAAUUGAUGAAAAUGGAAAUGCAUCCCUUGUGAGUCUUUUAAGUCAAACUGUUAUCCAUCGAUUCACUUUUCGUAAACCUGUCACAUGUAUAAAAUUUGAUCCUGCUGGAACAAAAUUUGCUGUUGCUAUGGAGAAAUUAAUUUUACUAUAUCAUGCCCCUGGUAAAACACGAGAAAUUAAUCCUUUCACUUUAUAUCGAACAUAUCAUGGUGCUUAUGACACCAUCACAACAUUUGAUUGGACAGAUGAUUCCACUACUUUUGCAGCUGGUUCGAAAGAUAUGAACACGCGUAUUUAUACUACAAUCCCGGGUAAUCCUUUAUUAUUUUCACUGGGAGGGCACAAAGAUGAGAUUGUGGGUUGCUUUUUCGAAUCAAAUUCACUUGAUAUAUAUACUAUUAGCAAAGAUGGUGCUUUAAAUGUUUGGGAGUCGAACAUAGACUUGGAAAAUCUAGGCAAAAAAGGAUUGAAUAGGAAAGAUCGUCGUGCUUUAAAAAUAUUAAAUCCUGGUGUUGAUGAAGAAGAAAGUGAGAUGAAAACAGAACUUUUAAAUUAUCAUAGAGUGUCAAAAUAUUUUUUCAAUAAAGAAGGCAAUUAUAAUGAGGUAACAUGUGUGGCUUAUCACAAGAAAAAUCAUGUUUUAGCCACUGGGUUUUCAUCCGGUUCAUUUUCUUUGCAUGAACUUCCCGGGUUCAAUUGGAUUCAUUCUUUAAAUAUUUCGGAACAAAGAAUUUCAACAGCUUGCUUCAACCCAAGUGGUGAUUGGCUCUCCCUUGCAUGCUCAAGUUCAGGGCAAUUGCUUGUUUGGGAGUGGCACAGUGAAACGUAUGUGCUGAAACAACAUGGUCAUUUUAAUAAUAUGAGAUGUCUCGAUUAUUCUCCUGAUGGACGAUACAUUGUAUCAGGUGGGGAAGAUAGCAAAGUUAAAGUAUGGAAUACACUGACUGGAUUUUGUUUCGUUACUUUCACAGAACAUACUUCAAGUGUGACUGGAGUUCAGUUUACGAGGAACGGACAUGUCAUUGUGUCUGCUUCUCUUGAUGGAACUGUUAGGGCGUUCGAUAUGCACAGAUAUAGAAAUUUUCGUACUUUCACAUCUCCUCACCCAGUUCAAUUUGUGAGCUUAGCUGUUGAUUAUAGUGCAGACUUGAUAUGUGCAGGGUCCAACGAUAAUUUCAAUAUUUUUCUUUGGUCAAUGCAAACUGGCCGUCUUCUAGAUGUUUUAGCAGGACACGAGGGCCCUGUUGUCUCUUUAUGCUUCUCCUCUGCUGAAGCACUUCUUGCAAGUGGAUCGUGGGAUGGAACUGUGAAAUUAUGGAGUGUUUUGGAGACCAAAAGUGCUCGAGAAACCAUAACUCUCAACCAAGAUGUGCUGGCAAUUGCUUUUAAACCAGAUGGAUCUGAAAUUGCAGUGUCAACUCUAAAUGCUGAAAUUACAUUCUGGGAUGUCCAAACUGCGAAGCAGAUGGGUUCAAUUGAGUGCAAAUAUGAUAUCAUUAUUGGUAGGAACGAAAAUGACCGAAUAUCUGCAAAAUCUAAAUCACAAGGAAAAGCAUAUGAUUGUAUUUCUUAUAUUUCUGAUGGACAGUGUGUUAUUGCAGGAGGAAAGUUUGCAAGUAUUGGUAUAUAUAAUGUUAAAGAAGGAUUACUUGUGAAGAAAUUUACUGUAUCACAAAACUUGUCAUUCGACGGUAUGGAGGAAUUUCUUGACAAAAGAAAAAUGACUGAAUUUGGACCUUCAGCUCUAAUAGACACCGAUGAAAGCAAUGAAAAACUGAUAAAACUUCCUGGUGUUCAAAAAGGUGACAUGUGCAGCAGGUCAUUCAAGCCGGAAGUUCGUGUCUCAGGAGUAAAAUUCUCUCCUGCUGGCCGUGACUGGGCAGCUGUUACAACGGAGGGUCUUGUCAUUUAUUCGUUGGACAACAACUUCGUCUUUGAUCCUUUCGACCUGGAGAUUUCCAUCACCCCAGAAUUGAUUCGUCAAAAAAUAGAAAAGGAUGAAUAUGCAGAGGCUAUUGUGGUGGCUUUGAGGCUCAAUGAAGUUCAAUUGAUAUGUGAAGCAAUUGAGAGUACUCCCAUAGCAGCAAUCGAGAUGAUAGUCAGUGGGCUAAGACAAAAAUAUGUGGAGAAAUUGUUGGAAUUCAUAAGCACUCAGCUUGACAAAUCAUGUCAUUUCCAUUUUUAUAUUCUAUGGACAAAAUAUAUAUUUUUGCAUCAUGCUACACAGUUGAAGCAAAGACAAAAUAAAGUAUUGGGUACAAUUAUGGGUAUUCUUAAAAAGUUGACCAUCAAAAAAGAAGGCUUGGGUGCAGUCUGUGAAAAAAAUAGUUACCAAAUACAAUAUAUAAUUGCAAUGUCUAAGUACUUCGGUUCAAAACGCAAAAAGAUCAGUGAAGAAGAAUCAGAUAUUGAAGAUGAAAUAAUGGACGAUGUGUCCGAAGAUUCAGGCCUUUCACUCUCUUAAAUCCUUUACUCGAGCGUUAAAAAAGGUCAUAUUGUACUGUAUAGCAUUAUAAUGGCUUCAAAAAAUGAUCAAUUUUGGAGAAGUGUUUAUUUUCAAGAUAUAUCUGAUACAUUUGGCACAUUUUUCUGUUGAUAUACUUUGGCUCUGUCCUUUCCACAAAAUUUCAUUUUUGCGACUUGUUAUGGCGUACUAUCCGAUUUAUCAUUAUAGGCUAUUGGUAUUUCUUGAAUAUAUAAACAAUAUUAUAAUUGAAUCAUUGGUGGUUCCCGAAAUAUUUUAUUAUCAGUUUAUUAAGUUGCACAAUAUUAAACAUGGAAUAACAAAUCAACAUCUUUGGAUUUAGAAAUUUGUCAAUUUUUGCAUUCCAUAUGCCUAUUUGGCUAUGCAUGUAUUUAUCAUUUUUCCAUGUCUGUAAUGAUUUCAGUGAAACUAUGAAUGUCAUACUGCUAUUUGAUUAGUUUUUGAACGAAUACCACUGCCAGGAUUUUCAAUAAACGAUUUGAUAUGAUUCUCCAGUAUUUUCUUUUUUCAG